UGAGCACAUCGAAACGGUCACAGAGAGGGCGGUCCUUGCCUUUAAUCGAUUUUUGGAUAUUGGCGGAUGAAUGAGAAUGCCAAUCCUGGCCGGGACUCCAUCGCACCAGAAUAUCGGCGCAUAGUCCCCGAUGAGCAGGAGCGGCGGAAAUGACCCCGGACGAGACACCCGCGCGGAAACUGCGCAAGGUGACUCGCGCGUGUGAUAGCUGCAAGGCAAAGAAGAAAGCCUGCACGGGCAACAUCCCCUGUGGGCCAUGCUCACGGCGACAUCUCGAAUGCACUUAUGACACUGCUUACAAUCGUGGUGUCGCUGCAAGUCCUCCCCCAUCCGACGCGAGACCAUCACAUGCUACGCAGGACCACGACACAUCUUACAACGACCAUGUCUCCUCCACAGCUUCAAUAACUCCCCAGGGAACCGCACCAGCUAUUUGGGAUCGUCCCUCAAGUCCUGUGGCUUCCACACCUUCCCUGUCAGAGCGGAGCGAGGAACACCCAAUCGAUGGCCCGGAUCGGAGAGGGGACGCCCAUGUUGCAGGCCAAUAUUGGGGACCCACUUCGGCACAUUCUUUCCUGGGGAGGGUGGUGCAGGACUUGGAUACUAGCAGCUCGAGGUCGAUGCCGCCCAAUCGUGACCAGACCCAGUCGUCAACCGUGUCCAUUUUCUCCUUCGGGGACCGCAUCGUACCUGAAGUCCGGUUGACCGAUUUUCGAUGGCCCAGCCGGGCUAAUGCCGAUCGUUUGGUUUUUCGAUACUUCGAAUUCGCAGCCCCGACCUAUCGAAUACUCCAUCAGCCGACAAUCGAAGAUCUAGUUGAUUGUCUGUAUCGCCACGAGCCACGAGAUGGACUGGGGUCCUCGCUUGGCAGUGAUUUAAUUGACUCGGCAUCUCAGGCCAUUCUGCUGAUGAUAUUCACCACUGCAAACAUGUUUCAGGCGGACGAGGACGGUCUAAUAAGGGACGCAGACGCACACGGCUGGGAAACGAGCGAGCUCUAUUAUACCCAAGCAGACCACUUGCUCUCGCGCGAGACGGGUGAGCCCAGUCUAGCCUCCGUCCAGGCUCGCUUCCUGAUGGUUUUGUACCUCUUAUGCACGUCCAGAGCACGCAAAGCUUGGUUUACCUUCGGAACAACAGUCCAGUUGAUGAUGGCGCUUGGUAUGCACAGCAAACGAUCGCGGAGGCUAGCCGAGAAAGAAGAUAAGGUGCACAGGGAAUGCCGAUGCCGGGUGGUCUGGUGCUCUUACACACUCGAUAAAUAUUUGAGUGUUAUCUUGGGCCGACCUCGCCUCUGGCAAGAUGAGGAUAUAGAUGAGGAUUUACCGACACGGAUCAACGAUCAGGAUCUCAUGAGUCACGACUCACGAACUUCGAAGCGAGAUUGCUUGAUGGAUGCUCCGAUAUUUCAUAGUCUGCUUGCUCGGAUUCUCACCCAGGCGGCCAAAGACCCAUAUGUCGUGACGGGAAUCUCCAGCAGGGAACAGCUCAAUACGAUUCGAAUCUUGUGCGGACUGGUCGUUGACUGGCAGAGCAAUUUGCCCCCAUUUUUAUCGGGCGCUAUUCAACCGAGUACACUAAUACCUGUGUUCCGGCGGCAAUUGACGGUCUUGCAAUUAGCCCGCUAUCAUGCGCUUAUGUUUAUUACACGGCCUCUAUUGCUACGAAACUACGGAGGCAUGUGGCCCGACUACGAGUCCAGCUAUCAGCAUUACCUAAAUGUGUGUCUGGCAGCCGCACGGGAUGCCAUUGAAAUGAUCCUGUCUUUCGUCUGCGAAAACCAGUUCUUCCCCGCGUUCUGGUAUUCUCAGUACAUCGCCUUCAAUGCUCUAUCGAUCAUGUACCUUUACCUCAUCCAAGUCCAAAGGGGUAGCAUACCUCCAGCCACUCACCGUAUUGUUUCGACUCCGGGUAGCACGUAUGAUUGCGCCCUAGAGGAAUCCGCCUUAUAUCGGCUUUCGGAAACAGCACAGGAACACCUUGCUCAUGCGACGGCUCGGAAUGCACCUUCUUGGAAAUACGGCGCAAUCCUACAAGGCCUUCGGCGGGAACUUGCUCGGCUGGGGCCAUCUAUCCUUAACCUGAAUUGCUGUCACCCACAGGAAACGGAGAAUCAAGCUGGGGUGAACAGCCACCAGGCGGAUACUUUGAAUUUCCAUCAAAGCCAGCUAGGUCACCAACAUAGUAGACCAGAUGCUGUUACUAUUGAAAACCUCACAGGAUCCCAUGCAACUACGAAUGUGCUGCCUCGACAAAACCGACUAGCUGAGCCAUUCACACUUGACCCUGGUACCGAAUCCCUGUUUGAUAAUUUCGCGAUUGGGGAAGAUUUGAAUCUUGACUUCUGGCCGCAGCUAGAUAGUCUACCAAGUAAUGUUCUGGGCUACUAGAAUAAUCGUGAAAUGAGCCAAGCCCAGCAAUCAUCUUUCGAUUGUGCGUGACACUAGAUACCCAUACAACGCUAUGAGAAACGAUCCAAAAAGCCAAGACAAAUCAUUCAUAACAACAUCAUUACCAGAAUUCGAUCACCAAAUGUACCUGUAGCGUAUAUGACCAUCUUGAUCCUCUGCCUUUCGUGCUUUGGCGUUCAAGAAGU